CAACAGUGAACGAAACCAUUGCAACUAACUGUAAAGAUUGACCAUGACCGAACCGGAUGAACUCUACACGCUUCGAGCGCAAUACUGGCUCGGACACUACCAUAUGGCGUUGGAGGAAGCCAAAUCCAUCGCGCGCCGUCCGAUGAAUCCGAACCUCAAGGCGGAGCGCGAAGAAUUUCUCGCCCGAGCCUGGAUUGCUCAGGGUCACUACGACCGGGUCACGGCGACCGAAACUCCCGGUCUCCAGGCGUUGGCCUUAAAGGCUCAGUACGAAGCUGCGACGGGAAAUACCGCCGCUCAAGAAUCGAUUCUCAACCAGAUCAAGUCCCUUGCCGCUGGCGGCGAAGCCAGUAGCGUCGGGUUGACAGCUGCUCAGGUCUUGCUGGUCGCUGGGCAAACCAAAGAAGCUUUGCAACUUGUGCACGCCUCAUCUCGUAUGGAGGAUAUGCUUGUCUGUCUCCAAAUCUAUUUGAAACUCGAUCGCUUGGAUUUGGCAAAGAAAUCCCUGCAGAAGUUGAAACAAAAAGAUGAAGAUUCGAUUUUGUGCCAGCUGGCAGGAGUUUACGUGCAUCUAGCGUCGGGAUCGGAAGGAUCUGCUGAUGCGGUUCAUUCGAUUAACUCGCUGACGGAACAGUACGGUUCGAGUCCUCUUUUGGCGAACCUUAUGGCUUGUGCCUUGAUGCAGCAAGGUGACUACGCGGGAGCGGAGCAAGCUCUGGAGGAAUGCUUGCGAGAGCAAUCCGAAAUUCGCUUGCCGGACACGCUGAUCAAUAUGAUUUGUGCUACGACACAUCAAAAUAAAUCAGCGGAACAGUACGUCGGUCAGAUGCAACUGGAGUUUCCCGCUCAUCCCUUUUGUGCGGGCCUUGAGCGUGUCACGGCCGCGUUUGAGCGAGAAGCAAUUAAAUACAAGGUGUAA